CCGCGUGUGCAGGCGGUCCCGACACCGCGGCCCUAGCCUCACCGGCUCGACGACUAAACGCCAGCCGGCCCUCCGGGAAUGAGCGGCGGAGGUCUGGACAGUCCACGGCUCCGCCGCCCCCGGAAGGAAAAAAUUCAGCGCGGACAGCAGCCCGGCAUCGCGAGAGCUGAAAUCGGGAGCCCCGCCUCCUGAGCCUCAGAAGUCCGUGGCGCUUUCCGUCGCCCGAGUGCGAUUGGGCCGCGAUGUCACGUGCCCCGAAUCGCCGCGCCCGAUUGGCUGCCGCGUGGUUACCUAUGGGCGACUCCGGUCCGGCGUCCUGGCCUGGCCCAGCACCUGCGGGGCCCUCGGGCUUGGAGGGCUGGGCCGGGCGGGGAGCGGGCGGGACGGGCCGGAGGCAGCGGCAGCGGCAGCGGCUGCGACCCCGAGGCUGCCGGCUGCAGAUGGGAGCCCGCGGAGCCGAGGAUGCAGGCGGGCUGCGGCGCGACGCCGGCGCGGGAGCUGUUCCGGGACGCCGCCUUCCCUGCCGCGGACUCCUCGCUCUUCUGCGACUUGUCUACGCCGCUGGCCCAGUUUCGCGAGGACAUCACGUGGAGGCGGCCCCAGGAGAUCUGUGCCACGCCCCGGUUGUUUCCAGAUGACCCACGGGAGGGGCAGGUGAAGCAAGGACUGCUGGGGGAUUGCUGGUUCCUGUGUGCCUGUGCCGCCCUGCAGAAGAGCAGGCACCUCCUGGACCAGGUCAUUCCUCCGGGACAGCCGAGCUGGGCCGACCAGGAGUACCAGGGCUCCUUCACCUGUCGCAUUUGGCAGUUUGGACGCUGGGUGGAGGUGACCACAGAUGACCGCCUGCCGUGCCUUGCAGGGAGACUCUGCUUCUCCCGCUGCCAGAGGGAGGAUGUGUUCUGGCUCCCCUUACUGGAAAAGGUCUAUGCCAAGGUCCAUGGGUCCUAUGAGCACUUGUGGGCAGGGCAGGUGGCAGAUGCCCUGGUGGACCUGACUGGCGGCCUGGCAGAAAGAUGGAACCUGAAGGGCAUAGCAGGAAGCAGAGGCGAGCAGGACAGGACAGGCCCCGGGGAGCACAGGACUUGCCGGCAGCUGCUCCACCUGAAGGACCAGUGUCUCAUCAGCUGCUCUGUGCUCAGCCCCCGAGCAGGUGCCCGGGAGCUGGGGGAGUUCCAUGCCUUCAUCGUCUCGGACCUGCGGGAGCUCCAGGGACAGGCGGGCCACAGCGUCCUGCUGCUGCGGAUCCAGAACCCCUGGGGCCGGCGGUGCUGGCAGGGGCUCUGGAGAGAGGGGGGUGAAGGCUGGAGCCAGAUAGAUGCAGUGCUAGCGUCUGAGCUCCUGUCCCAGCUCCAGGAAGGGGAGUUCUGGGUGGAGGAGGAUGAGUUCCUCAGGGAAUUUGAUGAGAUCACCAUCGGCUACCCCAUCACGGAGGCCGGCCACCUGCAGAGCCUCUACACAGAGAGGCUGCUCUGCCACACUCGGGUGCUGCCUGGGGCCUGGGUCAAGGGGCAGUCAGCAGGAGGCUGCCGGAACAACAGCGGCUUUCCCAGCAACCCCAAAUUCUGGCUACGGGUCUCAGAGCCGAGCGAGGUGUACGUGGCCAUCCUGCAGAGAUCCAGGACGCAUGCAGCGGAUGGGGCAGGCCGGGCGCGGGCGCUGGUGGGUGACAGUCGUGCUUCAUGGAGCCCAGCGGGCAUCCCGGGCAAGCACUACCAGGCUGUGGGCCUGCACAUCUGGAAGGUGGAGAAGCGGCGGGUCAAUCUGCCCAGGGUCCUGUCUGCGCCUCCUGUGGCUGGCACUGCGUGCCAUGCAUACGACCGGGAGGUCCACCUGCGUUGCGAGCUCUCACCAGGCUAUUACUUGGCUGUCCCCAGCACCUUCCUGAAGGACGCACCUGGGCAGUUCCUGCUCCGAGUCUUCUCCACCGGGCGGGUCUCCCUCAGUGCCGUCAGGGCAGUGGCCAAGAACGCCGCCCCCGGGGCAGUCCUGCCUUCAGGGGAGUGGGGGACCGUGCAGCUGCGGGGCUCGUGGAGAGCCGGCCACACGGCAGGGGGCAGCAGGAACUUUGCCUCCUACCCCACCAACCCCUGCUUCCCCUUCUUGGUCCCCGAGGGCCCUGGCCCCCGCUGUGUCCACAUCACUCUGCAUCAGCACUGCCAGCCUGGUGACACCGAAUUCCAUCCCAUUGGCUUCCAUGUCUUCCAGGUCCCUGAGGGUGGCAGGAGCCUGGACGCGACCCCGCUGCUCCUGCAGGAGCCGCUGCUAAGCUGCGUGCCGCACCGCUAUGCCCAGGAGGUGAGCCGGCUCUGCCUCCUGCCUGCAGGCACCUACAGGGUCGUGCCUUCCACCUACCUGCCGGACACAGAGGGGGCCUUCACGGUGACCAUCGCCAUCAAGAUUGACAGACCAUCCAUUCACAGCCAGGAGGUGCUGGGCCAGUUCCUCCAGGAGGUCUCCAUCAUGGCAGUGAUGAAAACCUAGCUGUGUGGCCCCUGGCCAGCUCAGGUGACUGGAGCUGAAGGCCUGAAGGGUCCCCAGCCGCUGGGCCGGCCAGCCUUUCGUGGUCGGGGGCUGGUCCUGAGUCUUGGCCCACCUCCCAGCUCUGCCAGGCGGCUGCUGCCUGGGGGUCCACAGGAUGCCUCCAUCGUGAGAGAUGCAGCCCUCUGGGUGAGCAGAUGCUGCAGGAAGGGCGGGAAACUCGGUGGCUUCUGUGGUGCCACUGAGACAGCAGAGACCCCAGGAUCCCUCCCAGACCCUCCUCAGCGGACUCCAGAAGAGGCCUCACACCCGGAGGGCAGGGCAGUGGGUCUUCUUUAUAACUGUUUAUUGUCUGAAUCACUUUUGGGAUGUAACUUUAUAAAUAAACAUGAGCACUGAGAAUCUGCA